GGAUUGGACAGCGUCCUUAACUCUGGGCUGGGGAACAAAACUGUGAACCAGAAACAGACAGUUGAACACAAAACAGCAACCGAACUAAGUCUCCAUGACAACAGACUGGCUGAGAAUAGGGUGAGGCGUAGAUUUGGUCUGCGGGGACGGGGAGGUGUCUAUAUGAGAACAGCCACAGACUCGGCUAGCAAUGCUCCGUCCUGAUCCUAUAGUUUUGAUUCAGACAGACUGAUGGCGCCUCAGGUUAACCCCCUAACAGGUGCUGCCUUCAGCCUGCCUUCUAUAGGAUCUAUCAACUGGAACAUGGACCCUGCGACAACACAUACACUCCCUGGCCUUCAUCCUCCUCACGAUCUCCUAAUGUUAAACCAGACCUCAGACAAUUCCAAUGCCGCAACACUAAAUGGCAACAUAAGCCCAUUCACAAAUGACAGUAGAAGUAAUGGUAUCAGUAGAUCCGGUGGCAAAGAGAAGCGCUUCCCAUGUUCGUUCUGUGGGAAAGCCUUCAGUUUCCCCAAACAGGUGGAGAUCCACCAGAGGAUGCAUACGGGGGAGAAAUUGUUGGGCUGCCACCUGUGCUGGGCCCAUUUUUCUGACUCGUACCACAUGAAGAGGCACCAGAGGGUCCACACAGGGGAGAAACCUUUCAGCUUCCCCCAAUGUGAGAAGAGGUUUUCUCACCAGUUGAAGAUGCACCUGAUGGUCCACACGGGAGAGAGGCCGUUCGCCUUUACACACAGCUAGAAGAGGUUCUCAGAGAGGAGCUACCUCAGGAUACACCAGCAGAAAAUGCACACAGUCCAUGUAUAGUGACAUGUAACUUAGUACUAGUUAGUUAGUUUGUAGUUAAUUCUGUUGGUUUAGGAUAUAGUAGGGAACUGGAUGAGAUGAACUGA